AUGGAAAACUCUAGUUUAAGAACACUUUUAGCUGCACCAGAAGAAACAGAAGAACCAUGGCCAAAGAAAUUUAAAAUUGAUAGCAAUCAAGUAACCUUUGAGACGGGACAGCAGCAGUUAUUGGAAGUACACUGUGAAGAUACAAAGUCAGCAAACAAAUUUCUCUGUUUUCCUAAAACAUCAUGGAAUUUUAAUCAGCAUGAUUUGGAGUUAAAAGAGAAAAGCAGUAUAAACUUAAAAACCAGUGUAAGACAACAUGCAAAUUUUAAGAUGUAUAUGAAUGCCAAUUUACAAUCCAGAUUGUUAGGAAAUAUUCCAUACAUUGGAAAAUGGCCCCCUAAUAGUUGUACUUCUAUUAGGAAUGCUAGUUGCAAGUUUAAGAAAAAUAAUUCAGAUCUCAUAAAACUUGAAUCUUUGGUCUCAUAUGCAAAAGAAAGUGAAACAGUAGCAAAGACUGCUAAUAUUUCAAAGAAUAAUUUCAGAAGAAACAAAGUAUUUCAGCACAGAUAUACACCAUAUUCAAGAAAUUGUGGAAAUUUAAAUCCUAAAUUAACAAAAGGUAUUGCUCUUGAGCUAUUUUUACAAAUUAAAAGAACAUAUCAUUAUAGCACGGUUACAGAAAAUGGUACUCCAGUACUCAACCACAUAAUUCAAGUUAAUCACCAACAAACAGAAAAAUCUAAUGAAGAAGGUACUAAAAAAUGUCUUUUAAGUCAUACAAAUAUUAGGAAAGAUGAUAUAUUUUCAUUAGUUUGCAAAGAACAAGUAGCAAGCCAAAUAAUUCUUUUUAAUGACCAAAUUUUACCAGAUAAAAGUUUCAGUAUUAUUUUAUGGGAAAAGAGCUUGUAUAUUCCUGAAACAAUCCACAAUUUGGCAGAUAACUUUAGAUUAUUAAAUUAUUUGAGUUCAAUUCCAAUCAUGUUUGAAAACAAAGAAAGAAUGAACAAAACCCAAUAUGGUAAUCAUAAACAUGGCCAAAAUAAUCCAUGUGAUUUUGUUGAUAGAAAAUCUCAUAUUGAUAAAUAUAAAAAAAUUUGCCUCAGUUCUUAUUCAGAGGAAAUAGAAUACAUUUCAGUCCUAGGGAAUGUAAUAAUUACUGAUGAAAAAUAUAGCAAAGGAUGCAUAAUUGCUGAUAAAAGAUUCACUAGCAAUCACUUUGAAACAUUAACUUACAUUUGUGUUCCACUCAAGUUAUGUACAAAUUGUAGUUCUCUUUUAAAACAAGAAAGCAAAAGUAAGAAGUCUCAAUAUUUCAGAGACAGCCGAUGGCUAAAACAAGUAAUUAGUGACAAACUUUUACCAAUUAAUUCCAGACGAUUGCUUAAACAUUCCUUGGAUAUUAACCAGUAUUUUACUCCAGACAUGUUUCAUAACCUUUGUCUAAACCAAAAUACAGCAAUCAGCGUAGAAGCAAAAGAGAAUAAGACUUCCAUGUAUGGAAAAAGAGCAAAACAAAGUUGCUUUGAAUUUGAAAAACGUAAGAGUGUUUUACAAUACCAGUAUCAAACUACAUGGAUUUCAAAAGUAUCUAAGGCACCCAAGGCUAAAAAAAUAAGAAAUGUGAAGUUUUGGGGUGGUAAGAAUAUUUUGUUCACUGGCACGCUUAUGUCCCAACUAGUAUCUGUAAAUCAAACUGCUGAGGAUGUAAAUCAGAGAAAAAAUGCCAUUGCUCAGCAGAGCUAUAUAAACAAAAGCAAUCAAUACCAGAAUUUAUGUGAGCUAUAUUUCAAAGAGGAACCUGCAAAGUCUGCUAAUUCUGUGAACAAAUUAACAGUAGCUUCAUGUUCAACAAAACAAAAAAGUUUUGAAGAUUCAAGAGAAGGGCAUUUUUCUUCAGAAACUAACAGAAGAGAUCAAUUUGAUUUAGUACUGGAAGAGCUUCGUAUGUUCAAUGAAAUUAGUAAGGAAAAUGAAAAUAGUCUAUCACAAGCAGAAAUAAAUAUUCUUGAGAAAGAACCUCUUGUACUAAAUUGUUCUGACAACAUACCAGAUCAAGUUAACAGAAAUAUUCAUCAAAAUUCAGUUAUUUCCACUACUGGUAUAACUAUGAGUUCUGCUUCUGGGAUAAAGCAAAAUAGUUAUAAAAAGAGUUUAUUUAAACAUAUACAAUCUGGAGAGCACGAGAUACCCCAUGACUACUGUUCUUCAAGUAUAUCAGACAAAGAAUUGUUCUGUUCAUCUUCUGAAGAACGUGCUUAUUGUAAGCAGUCUUUCCCUUGGAAACCUGCAUUCAUAACUCAAACACUCAUGAAAGAAGGAAGUUAUAACUUAACAACAGAAAAAGGAAACUCUUUACUCAGUGGAAUUAGAAGAGUACAGCCUCUUAAAACAUGUUGCGGUCCUUUAAGAGUUGGAUUGUCAAGGAAAGCUAAACUCAAGCAGCUUCAUCCAUAUUUGAAAUAG